GCGAAGCUUAUUUUAAAAAUUUUUCAAAAGUGUUAUUGUUGGAAACAAACUGUUUAUUCAAGAAACAAAGUUACUCAAAUGCGUGCAAACUAUGCUCAAGGUGUUGAUGUAUAUUACCAAAAAAGCGGAUCUACAUACCGAAAUCUUCACUUCUAUGCUUUAAGGCUCUUAACGAUGGAUUGCUUGAGCCGAUUUUGGGACCACAAUGACAAGACUCGCAGUUCGGAAUUUCAUAUAAUCGACUUGGCUUGCGGUAGUGGUGAAAUAACUCAGGUGGUGCGGGAAUGGGAAUUACUAGGAAAGAAGAAAUCUGUUGAGGGAGAUUCUUCUAGGGCAAGGAAAAAGUUGUCUAUCCGUUCAAUUCCUUUAGGCUAUCCUCCGAUCGAAAUCGUAGCGACAGACCCUUACACUGGAGAAGCUUAUGAGCAAAACGUUGGGGUCCCCUGUCUUAACUUGAAUUUUCAAGAUGUUGCAGAUGGAAAAUUCCCUCCUUCGAAAGCCGUAGACGGAAUCUAUGACUUGGUCAUUUGCUCCUUUGCUUUGCACUUGUUGACUGAUCCAUCAAAACUCUUCGCUACAUGCUAUGCUUUGGCAACGCAGUGUCGAUGGCUUCUUAUUGUUAGUCCUCAUAAGCAGCCAAUAUUAAAACCGGAAUGGGGUUGGAUACCUUGGAACAUAGAAACUUGGCUUCCACUUGACUACGGCGAUAACCAUGACCAUGUCAUUGAGCGAGUACAUGGUCGUUUUUUCCAGAGCAUAAACUUUCAGUAAAUGGACGCUUCUAUUUGUAUUUCUUAAAUUCACUAACUAUGAAUUUCCAAUUUCUCUUACUGUCCUGUUUUUCCUACGCCAUUUCAGAAGAUUGCUAAUUUAAUGAUUUUUUUUGUCUAUUACAUAAAAUUAUUGCUAAAAAUAUCUAACUAUCCUUACGGUUUUCCUAUGUUUUUGGUGUUUUGUUAUCGUUGUUCCUAAGUAAACAAACAAAUCGAUACAUGCUUUCCUU